AUGGAAGAAACCGGCGAGGCGCCAGCGAACAAGCGAACUGGGAAGGGCAGGCGAAGGAGGAGGAACAAGAAGGGCGGUAAGGCAAUGCCUUCAGAUGAUGGGGAGCAGCGAAACGAAGAAGUGGCGGUAGAAGACAACAAGGUCGAGGAUGAAGGAAGAGGAGACGAAGCAAUGGAAGUUGAAGAGGGAUCGAUGGUGAUCGGAGGGCAGGAAGGAGAAACCGGAGAGGAGGAAGGCGAGAUGAUCGAUUUGCGCCGCAGCGGAUCGGAAAUCGCCAGGCAGGUGGUGGUGAACGGUGCCGAGGCCGAAGUAGAACCGGAGGUAUCGAAUCUAGAGCGAAGCGACAGCGGUAUCGUCAUCGGCGGCCGGCGGGAGCGAGGCGGCGGCCAGGAGAACGACAAGAAGCGGAAAAGCAUCCUCAACAAGUGGAUCUCGCGGGAUCCCUCACCCAUGCCGCGCCACCGCAGCGCGUCGGAGAACAUCGUCGGGUUCCAGCGCGGCCCCAACGGCACCCUGCUGGGGAUGGGAGGCGGGCGGGAUCGAAGCGGGCUCGGACUGGUCGGCGGCGAGGGUGGCUUGGCCGUAGGCGGCGUGGCUGCGGGCCACCGGGACAUCAGAAGCUUCAGCGCGUCGGCCGUGCACCAUAGCGCGGAGCACGCGGCAACUAUUGGCCCCUUUGCCUCCUCCGCCUCGUCGGUGGGACUGGCACAGCCGCACCACUACGGAGGCAGCAGUGUACGGCGAGCCAUUAUGGGUGGCAAGGGCAAGGAGCGGAUGAACCUCGGUGACACCUUCGACAUGCUCUUCAAGAAGAAGCCCAAGGCCGAGAGCACGCCCACGCUCCCCUCCAUCCCCUCCUUCGUCCUCACCGACAAAAACAGCUCCAGCUCCAGGAGCGGCACCGCCGCACCCUGCCUCUCUCCGUCCGGCGACCAACGCGGCUACCUGUCGCCCCUCCACUACCCCGGCUCCGGCAUAGAGCACAGCGACGGUUCGCCCAGCCUUCUCUUUCCACCACUUCCCAAUGCCCUCUGCUCCAAGACGACGAGCCGAUGGACUAUUGGACUGACCAAGGUUGGUCGGGGUGUAGGAUGUGGCAAUGUGCCGGACUUCGGGCGGUCGCGCAGCAAUUCCCUUCCGGCGCGGAACCGCAGCAUGUCGUGCCCGAUCCCCACCGAUGGCGACUCCUCCGCAAGCCAAGAGCUGGCUUUGGAAGAAAUCAUCUGUAAAGAGAUCUUCGAGUUGAUGGUGGGCUCGGGUAUCAAUCACAACAACUCCGUCCUCAAGUCUAAAGUGUUCUUUGCUUCGGAUGCGGUGAGUUGGAUGGUCAAGUCCCGCACGGUGCAGGCCAGGGAGGCCGGCGUGGUCCUAUGCAGGAAGAUGGCCAGCAGAGGCUACCUCCUUCCGCUGCACAACAGCAAGGAGUUCCACGACAACUCGGUCCUGUGGAAGAUCAAAGAUGUGGAACCCGCGGUGGGCGAGAAGAGGUACAAGAGGGACAGCCACAACCUGGGCCGACGCUCGACGUCGGACAGCCAGGUGCACAACUUCUGCGGCGAGCUCGGUGAGGGCCAGCUCUACGAGGUGAGCGAGCAACUCUUCCACCCCGAGUCGGGAAUCACCCUGCGGGAGAGGCGACACAAAAACAAGGUGUACUACAAGUGCUUCACAGGUUCGGAUGUGGUAGACUGGAUGAUGACGCACCUGCCCAUCAAGAGCCGGAGAGAGGGCGUGGAGCUGGGCAAGCGGUUGAUGGCGGCCAACUACUUCUCCUUCAUCGACGCCGAGGGAGCCCAACAAUUCAAGGACCGAAAAGUCUUCUUCUGUCUGCGAGAUGAUUUCGGAGGGACACAGAAGGCCGCGGUUGGUCGGCUCUUUGUGAAGCUCAUAUCGGCGGAGGAGCUCGGGAAGAAGCUUGGCGCAAAUAACUACUACUGCGAAAUGAGUCUCGGGCUGCAGAAGACACUCAGCAGCUCGUUUGCCAAGCCGGAAUGGAACGAAGAGUGCGAGUUCGCCGUAUGGUCCGAUUCGCUAGACAACACACUCAACGUGGAGCUGUGGAUCGUAGCAGAUUCGACAGCUCCACAGCGCUUGGCUAAGGUAGUGGUGGAGAACAUAACGUCUUACAAUACUGGCAAGCCGAAGCCGUGCACAUUCAAAUUCAAGCGUGGCCUGUUGGGUAGCGAGAAGGGCCAGAUCAACCUCACGCUUCACUAUAUCCCCAACAAUGACAUCUCCGCCUUCAAGAAGCUUGAAGCUCUUUUGUGCAGCGAUUUCCUGCUGGUGCGAUCCAUAUUCAGCGCCAUGAUGGGACGGUCGCGGCUACAGACCGAGAGCUCCUAUUCUACGAGCGAUCGGCUGAACCAAGGCGACAUCGCCUCGGCGCUCGUCCACAUCUUCAACCAGAACGGCCUCCUGCUGGGCUUGCUGCGAUACAUGAUCCACAUGGAAGUGGAGAACACAGCCAGCGAGAACCUGCUAUUCCGAGACGAGUCGCUCAGCAGUCGAAUGAUGUCGAUCUUCUCCAAGCUCAUCGGGCGUCCCUUCCUCCACAAGCACCUGCAGCCGCUUCUUGCACAGGUCCUCGUGCCCGAGUUCGAUCUCGAGAUCAAUCCGCGCACUGUGCCGCCUGACGAGUUGGAAGUAAACCAGGGCCGAUUGCUGGGCACGGCACAGCAGUUCUUCGACUCGAUCAUCGGCUCGCUCGACGAGCUCCACUAUGCUUUCAAGGAGGUGAGCAGAUGCCUGUUCGAGUCGGUCCAGCACCGAUUUCCGGACAGCAGAUACAAAGUGGUGGGCAGCUUCUUCUUCCUCAGGUGGCUGUGCCCCUCCCUGGUGACGCCCGACGCGUUCGGGUUGAUCGACCAGAAGCUCGAGAGCAAGAGUCGGCGGCGGCUGGUGCUGAUCGCGAAGGUGCUCCAGAAUUUGGCCAAUGAGGCCUAUUUUGAACAGAAGGAGGAGUACAUGAAAUGCUCCAAUGUCUUCAUUGAGAGCAACCUCGACAAGAUGCAUUCGUUCUUCGAUAGCUUAGUGGAGAAGGACCAGGAGAACGAAACGGAGAGUGGGCGAUGGACCUCGAUAGCGCCUGCAACGCGGGCGCACCUGGAAGCGGUGUACUACUACCUGCAGCAGAACUACGGGAGCAUCUCCAACGAGAUACGACGGACCGAAUCCGAACCGACGCUAGUUGUGAUGACGCCUCUGUCUGCGCGCUCCGAACUUGAGCUUAGGCGAAGAGAAUCCCAGGAGAGCAUGAUGGCGACGUUGGACGAGGUGCUGAAGGAGCUGCAGGAUCUCAGCAAAAAGGGACAAAUAGCGCGGUCCUCCCCAACAUGA